CUUCUCUUCGCCGAUCCAAACUCCCAACAAACCAGCAGGUGAGACUCAGCAGAAACACAGCAGCAAACACUGUAGCUGUUAACAGUUGCAUGCAUGUUCUGUGUUGUUGCUGUAGCACUUUGAGUAACAUGUGGAGUUGUUCCUUUUCUGCUUCUUCUUUCUACGACAAAUGUCUGAAUCUCUGUUGUGUUUAUAGACAUGAACGCAGCAGCAGCAGCACCCGGAGGCUCCAAGGCCGCUCCUCCCAAGUUCAAGCAGAAGGAGACCAGGCAGUUCAAGAGCAAGGCUCCUAAAGCUGGACAGAAGGGAUUUGAUGAUGUCCCGGGGAUGGAGGGCCUUGGAGGUGCUGAGGUGAUCUGCCCCUGGGAGGCGUUUGGUGACAUGGAGCUGAGUGAUCUGGCUCAGUUUGGCAUCGUUUAGACCUUCAGCCAACAUGGAAACAGUUUAUUCCUGGUGGCUGCAAUCCAGC